AGCGACUCUGUUCUCCGGUCUUCUGCGUUUCUGUCCGUUAUUUUAUUAAAUGCUCAAUGUAAAAAAAACUUGAUCGUUUGAAAAUUGAAGAAAAGACAAUGGAGCGCUUAAAAUAGCGUCUAAAGUUUAAAUUCAUGAGGAAGAAAAGCGUAAACUGGUGUGACGAUGAGGAGGCUGAACAAAAAGAAAGCCCUGAACUUUGUGAGAGAGUUGGAUGCUUUUCCAAAGGUUCCUGAGAGUUAUGUGGAGACAACAGCCAGCGGAGGAACUGUGUCGUUGUUGGCCUUCACAGCCAUGGCGCUCUUGGCCUUCUUUGAAUUCUUUGUGUAUCGGGACACAUGGAUGAAGUACGAGUAUGAAGUAGAUAAGGAUUUUACUAGCAAACUCCGAAUUAAUAUUGAUAUCACAGUUGCCAUGAGGUGCCAAUUUGUCGGAGCAGAUGUUUUGGAUCUCGCUGAAACAAUGGUGGCAUCUGAUGGCCUGGUGUAUGAACCUGUUGUUUUUGACCUUUCUCCCCAGCAGCGGCUCUGGCACAGGACACUUUUGCUCAUUCAGGGCCGUCUGCGUGAGGAACAUUCACUCCAAGAUGUUCUGUUCAAGAAUGUCAUGAAAGGUUCCCCCACUGCUCUCCCACCAAGGGAAGAUGAUCCAAAUCAGCCUUUAAAUGCUUGUCGGAUACAUGGACACCUCUAUGUCAAUAAAGUAGCAGGAAAUUUCCACAUCACCGUUGGCAAGGCUAUCCCACAUCCUCGAGGGCAUGCUCAUCUAGCAGCGCUGGUCAGCCAUGAGACAUAUAACUUUUCCCAUCGGAUAGAUCAUCUGUCUUUUGGAGAAGAAAUACCAGGCAUUUUAAAUCCACUGGAUGGCACAGAAAAAGUGUCUGCAGAUCAUAAUCAAAUGUUCCAGUACUUUAUUACCAUUGUGCCCACAAAACUGCAGACGUACAAGGUGUACGCAGACACGCACCAGUAUUCAGUCACUGAGCGGGAGCGAGUGAUAAACCAUGCAGCGGGGAGUCAUGGGGUUUCUGGGAUCUUUAUGAAGUAUGACAUCAGCUCUCUGAUGGUGAAGGUGACUGAGCAGCACAUGCCCUUCUGGCAGUUCCUUGUGCGUCUCUGUGGCAUCAUUGGAGGCAUUUUCUCUACAACAGGCAUGCUACAUAACCUGGUUGGUUUCUGCGUAGAUGUGGUUUGUUGUCGAUUUAAACUGGGAGUUUACAAGCCGAAAAGUAUGAGUGAUUUUGAUGGCCAAAUUAACAGCCUGACACCACUCCUCUCAGAGAACACCGAACAGUAACCGGACUCUCCUCCAGAACACAUUGAAAGCUCAUUUCACUUACUUUUCAAUCACAAUAACAGUUGUAAGUCCCUCUAAAUAAGUUAAAAGAUAAUGUUGACGAAAUCUGUCAUUUGUUAGUACUGUAAAAAAAAAAAACUCUGCACUGACAAACAACUGUUAAACAAGCAUAAAUCCACAAA